AUGCAGGAAUGCGGCCGCGGUCGCCAGCUGACGUCACCCUCACCGGUUCAGCCCCGGGCCAGAGCCGCUCUCCUGACUCUGUUGGCUGGAGUGGGCGGGGCAGAGCGGGACCUUUUUGUGACUGACAGCGAGUGGCAUCUGAGUACUGAAGCUGACCUUUGCCAUUCUUGUCACCCAGGUUUCCACUUGAGUGGUACAGUGACAGAACCUGCAAUACAAUCGGAGCCAGAAACCAUUUGCAACGUGGCCAUCAGCUUUGAUCGUUGCAAGAUUACCUCAGUGACCUGCAGCUGUGGAAACAAGGACAUAUUUUAUUGUGCCCAUGUUGUGGCACUGUCUUUAUACCGCAUCCGCAAGCCAGAUCAGGUCAAACUGCACCUUCCCAUCUCAGAGACUCUCUUCCAGAUGAGCAGAGACCAGCUGCAGAAGUUUGUUCAGUAUUUGAUCACAGUGCACCACACCGAAGUCUUGCCAACUGCUCAAAAGCUAGCAGAUGAAAUUCUUUCCCAGAACUCAGAAAUCAACCAAGUUCAUGGUGCUCCUGACCCUACGGCAGGUGCUAGCAUCGACGAUGAGAACUGCUGGCACUUGGAUGAAGAGCAGGUGCAGGAGCAAGUUAAACUGUUCCUUUCCCAGGGAGGGUACCAUGGAUCCGGGAAGCAACUUAACUUGCUCUUCGCAAAGGUGCGGGAAAUGUUGAAGAUGAGAGACUCCAAUGGGGCCCGUAUGUUGACCUUGAUCACAGAGCAGUUCAUGGCUGACCCCCGCCUGUCACUUUGGAGACAGCAAGGCACUGCGAUGACUGACAAAUAUAGGCAGCUCUGGGAUGAGCUUGGUGCUCUGUGGAUGUGUAUAGUUUUAAACCCCCACUGUAAGUUGGAACAGAAGGCCAGCUGGCUAAAACAGCUGAAAAAAUGGAACAGUGUUGACGUCUGCCCAUGGGAAGAUGGAAAUCAUGGCAGUGAAUUACCCAACCUAACCAAUGCCCUGCCUCAGGGUGCAAAUGCCAACCAAGAUUCAUCGAACAGGCCACAUCGGACAGUGUUCACAAGAGCCAUAGAGGCAUGUGAUCUCCACUGGCAGGAUAGCCACUUGCAGCACAUUAUCAGCAGUGACCUGUACACCAACUACUGUUACCAUGACGACACUGAAAACUCCCUCUUUGACUCCCGAGGGUGGCCCCUCUGGCAUGAGCAUGUUCCUACAGCCUGUGCAAGAGUGGAUGCAUUGCGUUCUCAUGGGUACCCCAGAGAAGCACUGAGAUUAGCAAUAGCUAUUGUGAACACAUUACGACGACAGCAGCAGAAACAGUUGGAAAUGUUCCGGACUCAAAAAAAAGAGCUACCCCAUAAAAGCAUAACCUCAAUAACCAAUCUGGAAGGCUGGGUUGGACACCCCUUAGACCCUGUGGGCACACUCUUCAGUAGCCUCAUGGAAGCCUGCCACACUGAGGAUGAAACCUUCUCUGGGCUCUCAGAUUUUACAGAAAACAUGGGACAGUGCAAGUCCUUAGAAUACCAUCAUCUGCCUGCACACAAGUUCUUAGAAGAAGGAGAAUCCUAUGUGACGCUAGCUGUGGAAGUAGCCCUGAUAGGACUGGGCCAGCAGCGGAUCAUGCCUGAUGGGCUGUAUACACAAGAGAAAGUUUGCAGGAAUGAAGAGCAGCUCAUUUCCAAGCUUCAGGAAAUUGAAUUGGAUGAAACACUGGUGAAAAUUUUUCGCAAGCAAGCAGUCUUCCUCUUAGAAGCUGGACCAUAUAGUGGUUUAGGUGAAAUAAUCCAUCGGGAGAGUGUUCCAAUGCACACAUUUGCCAAGUAUCUCUUCACCUCUCUCCUACCUCAUGAUGCUGAAUUGGCAUACAGAAUUGCACUGCGAGCAAUGCGGUUACUAGUAUUGGAAUCUACUGCUCCAACAGGAGACCUCACCCGCCCCCACCACAUUGCAUCAGUUGUCCCCAACCGAUACCCUCGUUGGUUCACUUUAAGCCACAUUGAAUCCCAACAAUGUGAGCUGGCAUCCACUAUGCUAACUGCAGCCAAAGGCGAUGUUCGGAGGCUGGAAACAGUAUUAGAGUCCAUCCAGAAAAACAUUCACUCCUCAUCACACAUCUUUAAGCUUGCCCAGGAUGCGUUUAAAAUAGCAACUCUAAUGGACAGUUUGCCAGAUAUCACUCUUUUGAAAGUGUCUCUGGAGCUGGGCUUGCAGGUUAUGCGAAUGACACUGUCAACCCUCAAUUGGCGACGUCGAGAAAUGGUGCGGUGGCUGGUGACAUGUGCUACUGAAGUUGGUGUUUAUGCCCUGGACAGCAUCAUGCAGAGCUGGUUUACACUCUUUACUCCCACCGAGGCCACAAGUAUUGUUGCGACUACCGUGAUGUCCAACAGCACCAUAGUCCGCCUCCACCUGGACUGCCACCAGCAGGAAAAGCUGGCCAGCAGUGCCCGGACACUGGCAUUGCAGUGCGCCAUGAAGGACCCGCAGAACUGCGCCCUCUCUGCACUGACCCUCUGUGAAAAGGAUCACAUAGCUUUUGAGACGGCGUACCAAAUUGUCCUCGAUGCUGCUACCACCGGCAUGAGCUACACACAGCUCUUUACAAUAGCACGGUACAUGGAGCACCGAGGGUACCCCAUGAGGGCCUACAAGCUGGCUACACUGGCCAUGACCCAUCUCAACCUGAGCUACAAUCAGGACACACACCCUGCCAUUAACGACGUUCUGUGGGCCUGUGCGCUUAGUCACUCCCUUGGUAAGAAUGAGCUCGCAGCUGUGAUACCUCUGGUGGUCAAGAGUGUCAAGUGUGCAACGGUACUGUCAGACAUUCUGCGCAGGUGCACUCUGACCACUCCUGGCAUGGUGGGACUUCACGGACGGAGGAACUCUGGUAAGCUCAUGUCACUGGACAAAGCCCCCUUGAGGCAACUCUUGGAUGCCACGAUUGGGGCCUACAUCAACACAACGCACUCACGACUGACACACAUCAGUCCUCGGCACUAUAGUGAAUUUAUAGAGUUCCUCAGCAAGGCCCGAGAGACCUUCCUAAUGGCACAUGAUGGACAUAUUCAGUUUACACAGUUUAUUGACAACCUGAAGCAAAUCUACAAAGGCAAAAAGAAACUGAUGAUGUUGGUCCGGGAGAGGUAG